AUGGGUCCCUUCAAGCUGCUGCGACUAUUUCAUAUCCUUGCUUUUGCCGGCUACGGCUUGACCGGCCCCGCUGUAGACGCCAUAAUCGUUGGAAUCUUGGACCUCGCACCAAAGUAUGAUACAGCGUUUUUGGAAUCUGACAGUGUAGCGGGUUCCGCCGGCACCCCCUACGCCCACGAUUCUGAAGGCGCGGUAGAGGAAGGGUCGGAUUCGCGCAAGUUGCUCAAAAAAGGCAAAAAGGCCGGAGCUGCACGCGCAAAAAGUGGAGCUGUACGCGCAAAGGGCAAGGCAAAGCCAGGUGCCAAAAAGCGCAACGUUACCAAGAAGAAAGCGGCUGGCAAGGGUAAAAAGGCGAAGAAGCCGAAGCAGGCUAAAAAAGCUGCGAAACUUCCUACGCCACAAAUAUCAACGGACCCCAAUGCCAAAUACAUGCGCUACAAGGCGGACAUUCGCGACCCCCUGCACUUCUACCGUUCCCAGGUGACGUUCGGCGACGGUGACAACCCUGAGAACUCGGUGUACUUGUACUUCAAGACGCCGCUGUCUGAUGCUGACAUUAAAGGCCUGCUCAAAAAGAGCCGUGUGAAGAUUGUGGACAGCUCGUUCGUGCCCAUGGGCCCGGAAGAGAUGUCCAGGCUGGACGCCGCUGAUACCAAGAUCAGCUGGAUCUACGACGAACAGCAAAAGAAGUUCUUCCGCUUCAGAGGCGCUGCCAAAGGAGAAGGUGCCGUGAGUACCGCCGCCCCCAGUGCCGCGUAUGUGGAAUCGACGUCAGCCGUUGACGGCACCGCAGGCGGUUCCAAAAGUGAGUCAUCUACGAGCGCACCAAAUUCAGCACCACCAUCUACAAGCGGAUCCACCGUCACGGGCGAAACCGAGGGGAUCCCUACAAGUCCUGAGUCCGGCACUGCAGAAAGCGAAAGCAAGGCUGCACCGGCCGAGAGCACGUCAACAUCAGGCGUGUCCUCGGAGUCGGACGCAAGCACCCCUAAGGCUGUUGACGAUGCCGCCGGUAGCAGUGUAGAUUCUAGCGGUGAGGGAUCCAGCAGCAUUGAUUCCGGAAGUGAGGGAUCCAGCAGUGUCGACUCCGGAAGUGUAGAUUCAGACAGCGAUGAAUCCAGCAGCACUGAGUCUAGCAGUGAGGGAUCCAGCAGCACUGAGUCUAGUGGUGAAGGAUCCAGCAGCACUGAGUCUAGUGGUGAGGGAUCCAGCAGCACUGAGUCUAGCAGUGCGACAAAAGGUGAAACCAAAGAGGCCAAAGAAGGUGAAACCAAGACAUACACUGAUGGCGAAGGUGAACUCCAGGAGGCUUCAACAACCGCCUCUAGUGACGCCGACGCUGCGGUGACGGACGAGGAGGGGGAGGCAAGCAGCGCGCCGGGUUCAACCGAUGAGUCCAGCGCAGAUGCCGCCACCAGCGGGAGCGGGAGCUCGGAAGGUGCUGAGACUGGCGCGGCCUCGGCAAAAAAGGAUACUCCCGUCACCGGCUCCUAUGACAUUGUCGACGAAAACGGCGACCCUGCCGACACCAGUGCUCACAAGGAGACCAUUGACGACGAGAUAGCGUCCGACUCUGGGGAAGACGGCGGCGUCAAACUGACGGGCUUCAAGCGCCUGAACGAGGACGGCGAGGUCAUAGCUUCCUCCGAGGCCACCGGCACGACGCAGGAUGCAGCCGCGGCCACCGCAGACAAGAAGCGCGGUCGUAAGAAGGGCUCGCCUCUCUGGUCGCUUAGGCGCAUUCAAAACGAGGUAAUUACAACCAAGAAGAGAGUUUCCACAUUGGAGAAUAGAAUGGGCAAGGCCGAUAAGAAGCUCGAUGAAGUGGUCAGGCUCUAG